AAGACAGCUAUUAUAGAGUAUAGACUAUAGUAUUAUAUCACGAUAUAUAAUUAUAUUCAUUAAUCAUUAUAUUUCAUUGUGUACCUCAGUCAUCGGAUAAAGUUUUAACAUUUUUCUUUCGCGUCGAACGGUAAUUAAUAAUUAUAACAACAACAUUUACGUGACUCUGGUAUUCGAUAAAUCCAGACAUAUCGUACACCGUCGAUAUUAUUUAUAGCUGCAAUUUUUUUUCUGCUCCCGCCAACUAUGCCUCGACCUGCCGACCAGUGGACGUCGUAAUAAAACGCACACGUACAACAUCCGAUAACGCGCUGAGUGAGUAGCAUGUACAAUAUUAUGGCGGCUUGUGACCCGGGCACAACCGAACCCUACGAAAGCUGGGAAGCUCUAGACGAUCCGUCUAUUCUCAGCACUCAGAUAAAAAAAAUGCAACUGGCGUCUGCUACUAAAAAUGAAAACAAUAGCAAUGUUGUAAUAUUGCCACCUGGCUUACAAUUGUCAUAUAACCAUCAUCAACAAAUGACAAUUCCUCAACAGCCUACUGUUAAAAUACUCAAACGACCACAGAAGGAUAACACUACAAAUGAAAAUGCUGAUAAACCUAAAGUACAAGUUAAAUCUUUGGAACAAAGAAAACAAGAAUAUGCAGAAGCUAGAUUACGAAUAAUGGGCGAAGAACGUGAAGAAGACUUGAAUGCUGAUGAUGAAGGAGCCAGUUCUUCAGGUAGUAUGAAAUUUGAAGUACUUCGACAGCCAAUAGUUCGUGUUGCUGUUGAAGACAAUGUAAUUCGACAGCCCCGUGGGCCUGAUAAUACCAAAGGUUUUAAUCAUCGAAGCUAACCCUAACAAUUUAGAAAUUUUAAGUAAAUACUUUUUUUUUAAGUGCAGGAUUUUCAUAAUAAAACAAUUAUUAUCUAUA